AUGACUAUAUACACAAAGUAUGGCACCGUAUUCAAAUUGCUGUUUCUGCUGUGCAUGUAUAAUAUCAUAAAAAGUGUAUUUUUUCAUCUGAAGGGGAAUGAAAAAACAAACGAUCGUAAAAAUUUUUACGUACAAGCGAAUAAUUGGAAUUUAUUCGAAAAAUGGAAAUCCAUAAGUCCUAUGGAAAAAUUAGAAUACAAAAUAAAUUACAAUCUUGGAUUAAACAUAGAUGCAGAGAUAGGUGAUUUUGGUGAUUAUAACUCAGAUGUGAAAACAGAUCUGAUUCUGUUUAAUUAUGAUAAGAAUAAACAAACAAGUACUAUAUUUAUAUACAUAUUUAGCAUAUAUGAAAAUAAAUUCAUAUACCACACGGAAGUUAGUUUUGAAGGUCAAGUUGUGAAUGUCAUUGCCAUCGAUCUUAAUUUUGACGGUGCAUUAGAUGUCUUGGUAUUAUUUAAAGAUCCCAAGGAUAGUAGCAAAACGAGUAAGUAUUAUAUUUCUGCAUUUUUGCAAAACGAAAAUGAUAAAUUAGAAGAAGCGUGGAAUUCGAAAAAAAAGGAAGUUGCUAAUGAAGACAUAUCAGAUGGUAAAAACGCAAGCCAAGCGCCCACUGUUCCAGCUAGCGAAAAGGGAAGCGAAAAAGAAUCCAACGAUAGCAUCUACUUUAGCAAUAUUCAUCCACUCGUAUGUGAUAUAAACAACGAUGGUUUACCGGAUCUAAUAGGACAACAAGCAUCAAGCGAUUCCGUGGGAUUUUCCCGUUUUGUAUGGAUUAACAAAAAAGGAGAAUUCAAAAGUGCAUUGUGGAAAAAUAUGAAUCUGUUUAGUAAAGAAGAUGUAGAUGAAAUUACGAACCCCAAUUCGAGUGCAGUUGUAGAUAUCAAUGGUGAUUGUAAAGCCGAUUUGGUAUUUACUGUGUAUAAUAAAAAUAAUGCAAAAAAAAGUACUUCUCUAGAAAUAUGGUUGAAUCAAAUAGUGGGUGAAGGAAGCAUGUAUGUAAAAUAUAAAGAAAACUACAAUUUACCAUCUAAUUCUUUGCAAGUCCUUUUUGGAGAUUUUAAUGGAGAUGGUGCUAUCGAUAUUGUAACUCCAACAUGUACAAAAAGCUCAUAUUGCAAUUAUUGUUGUGUAAGUGAUGAUAAAAUAUACUUUAUCCCGAAUAUUCAAAAAAAAAUAUGUGAUAAUUCUUGGCAAAAACCUGAUGAAAGUAAAUGUAGAUUAGCAUCUAACUUAUGUUCAGAAAGUGAUUUUACAUUUAUGCAAGAAUUAAAUGAUGAUUUUGUAUCUAUAGUUGAUACAUCUGGAUUACAUCUAUCAGGUAAUGCAGACUAUCCCUACUACAUUAGUGUUGGGGAUGUAGAUGAUGACGGAUUCUUAGAUUUGUUAAUCACAUUAAAAAAUGAUAAAGGUCAGAAAUAUGUACGAAUAUAUAAAAAUGAACAAAAGGCAUUAUAUGAAGAAAAUAAUGUCGACAUAAGGGGUUUUUUUAAUUUCUACCAGUUUGUUACAUCUCCUGACGAAACGGUAACAGAUGUGUACAAUGCUGCUUUUUUUGACAUCUAUGAAAAUGGAGUAUUAGAUAUACUCAUAUUUGGAAAGUAUAAAACAUCCAAUAAACAGAAUAAAUAUGCAGCUGUUGGAUUUAUUAGAAGUAAUGAAACAGAUUCACUUUUUUUAAAGUCAACAGCAUUAAAUGGAAUAUGUGUAAAUGAUUGUUAUAAAGAAAAGGAUAAAAUAACAACCAAAACAUUGGGAGGAAAUGCUCAUGGUCCCACUUUUAAAAUUACAGUAAUUGAUGUUAAUGGUGUUAAAUCAAGCAGAAUUGGUAUACAGAAAAGUCAGUCAGCUCAUUCCCCUUUGCAAUUACCAUAUGUUUUAUUUGGACUUGGGAGAACUAGUAAUUAUGUAGAAGAAUUUUAUGUUGGCAUGCCAACACAUGAACAGAAGUAUUACAACAUGUGGGUAUCCAUCAUACCAAAUUCACAUAUUAUAGUCAUUCCUUACCCUUUGGAAAAUUCCAAUAAGUGGCAAAUUCAACUAUCUGUCAAUCCAUCCAAGAAGUUUUAUUCCAUUAUUUAUAUAACCCUCAUAUGCUUGACCGUCAUUGGAAUUUUGAUUUUCAUCUUGGACAGGCGGGAGAAGGUGGAGGACUCAAAGGAAGAAAUGGGAUUUAAGAGCCAUUUUGUUAUAGGCUAA